AUGAAGAUUGAAGACAGAGUCAUUGUCGUUGUGGAUAAGCCUACACGCAUCCGAAGGACAAAUCACGCCGACCCAAACAAAAACGAUAAAACCGAAGCCAAAAUCUCAGACCCAUCACCGUACCAAAAAAAAAAAAAAAUGAAGCGGUCCGAAUCGGAAAAGCUUAUACUGGUAAAACGCGAACCGAACGGGAUCGCAUACGUGACGAUAAACCGUCCGAAGUCACUGAACUCGUUGACGAAGUCGAUGAUGACGGACAUGGCCCAAGCGUUCAAGUCCCUGGACCGUGACGACUCGGUCCGGGUCAUAAUUCUAUCCGGGUCGGGUCGAGCUUUCUGUUCUGGCGUGGACUUGACAUCGGCUGAGGACGUUUUCAAGGGGGACGUGAAGGAUUUAGAGUCCGACCCGGUGGCCCAGAUGGAGCGGGCCCGUAAGCCCAUCAUCGGAGCCAUUGGUGGGUUCGCGAUCACUGCUGGUUUCGAAAUCGCGCUCGCUUGUGAUAUUGUGGUCGCUGCUAAAGGUACCAAGUUCAUUGACACGCAUGCAAGGUUUGGAAUAUUUCCUUCAUGGGGUCUCUCUCAGAAGCUUUCACGCAUAAUUGGUCCCAACAAAGCGCGUGAGGUUUCCCUAACAGCUACACCACUAACUGCAGAAGUAGCUGAGAGGUUGGGCUUUGUCAACUAUGUUGUUGAAGAAGGUGAAUUGUUGAAGAAAGCUAGAGAAAUUGGUGAAGGCAUUUUGAAAAAUAAUCAAGACUUGGUGUUGAGGUAUAAAUCAGUCAUAAAUGAUGGCCUCAAGCUGGAUUUGGGUCACGCUCUUGCAUUGGAAAAGGAGAGGGCUCAUGACUAUUACAACGGAAUGACCAAGAAGCAGUUUGAGAAGAUGCAGCAAUUCAUAGCAGGUCGGAGCUCAAAGAAACCUUCUUCAAAGCUGUAGAUUUUCUGAUGUGCACAUCCUCUGUUGCAAAAUAACUCCCAAUGGUGGGAAAUUAUGCAAGUUGCCUCUCUUUUAGGUAGCAAUACUGCACAUAUCAGCCGUGGGAUGCUAUUAGGUAACAAUGGUGAAGUGAAUCCUUAAUUGCAGUUUCUUUUCCUCCAAAUUCUUGAAACUUCAAAGUUUUUUUGUAUCAAUAAAUGCUUGGUCCAAUUGUGAACUUCAAUAUAUGAUGUGCACAAAGCUGACUUACCCUAUUCAAAAAAUAGGAAAGAAGAAAAAGAAGGCAGUAUAACUCUUUAGAAAGAAGAGGAGAAAAAGAAAAGAGAUGGUCCAACUAUGUAAGUAAACCAAUGGUGUUUAUUGUUAAUAAAAUUGUUCAAAUUUACAACUA